UAUAAGUGUAUUAACAGAUUUAGCCUCUACUAUGUGAUAUAUUUUCCCCAAAAUGCUUACAAGACCCUAUAAGAUUAAUUUAACAUUCGAGGACGAAUGUUCUAAAGGGGGGGAGGAUGUUACAUCCCGUAUUUUUGAACGUCGGAUUAAUUGUAAGUUGAGGUGGGGCCCACACGUCAAGAUUUUUUUUGGGACAUGUGACAUAUUAUAUGAAUCACAUAUGUGAAGUUAAACACAACUCAAGAAGGACCCUUGGGCCAAAUCAAAGUGGAAGUCCUCCAAACGAAUAUUUUUAAGAAAACGUUUUCGGGUAACCUGACUUUGGGGGGCAAAAACGAUAUUAUAAGUUUGGAAUUUGGAAAAGUACCAAGAAAUAGAAGUUGUAGAUAAUUGAAUUAGCUUUCCAUCCAUAGGUCGUGGGUUCCCAGGUGACGUCGGUACAAGGAGAUAUGGACGUUUUAAGGCAGAAAGGUCAGUGGGCUAGGCCCAAUCCGAGCCCAACCGGGUUAGGCCCAUUACCCAUGUCCUUAUAAGUGCCAAUUUCGGCCUUCUUCAUCAUUUUAACACCAGGAACAACCAGAAAAUUCUGGAAAGAGAGAGAGGAGCUUUGGAGAGAAAAAAAAACAAUUUUGACCAAAAUCCGAGCCCCGAAUCCCGAAGCCCAUGAAGGGAAAAGUGUUGUACGCUACGUUGUCUUCAAUUUGAGCUAAAAAUCAACCAAAGAGGAGAGUGAUGACGUGGUGGCUGCCUACUUAAGAUUCGGAGUGAAACGGGAUUUGAGUUUUGGCGAACGUAAGACGCAUAUAAGGUACCGACGACAGGUUUGCUGAGCCGUCCGCUUAGGAUCUUAUUCUCCUAUUUUGGAGCGCUCUCUUAUCCAGAGCCCAUCUUUUGCCAUGCCUCCGAAGAAAGCGACAGCUGCCCAGAAGGGCAAGUCAGUAGCAGCCGGAGAGACUAGUCGGGCUCAGAAAGUCACUCGGACCCUUGCUCAAAUUAUGCAAGAUACUGCGCCCCGGCCAACCGACUCUACUACAUCAUCAUCAUCGGAGGAGUCUGGAGCAGCAGCCGCUGCCACUAUGGAUCAGGGGGCGGCUUCACCAGUAGCUCCAGAGGUUCCAGUACCUGAGCCUCCAGCUCCACAGCCAGGGGCUGAGGAUCGGGCUAUGAGAGAUGCGGUCCAGUUGUUGACCAGACUGGUAGCAGGGCAGGUUCAUAGGCACGGACUUGGGGAUGGUCGUGCAGACAGACGUGACAGUUCGAGAGCUCGUGAGUUCCUGACCUGUAAUCCUCCAGAGUUCUUCGGGACAAAGCCCGAGGAGGAUCCUGAGGAGUUUAUCAGGAAGAUGCGGCGCACUUUGCAUUUGAUUAAUGCUUCCGCGACAGAGUCAGUCACGUUGGCUUCGUACCGGUUGUAUGAUGUAGCGGCUAAUUGGUACGAGUCAUGGGAGUUAUCCAGAGGUGACGGCGCUCCCCCAGCAGUUUGGGAUGAUUUUUCUCAGGCCUUUCUUAGCCAUUUUCUGCCUCCGGAGUUACGGCGGGCCAGGGCUGACAGAUUCUUAUUGCUGAGACAGAGGGGCCGCAGUGUUCGAGAGUACAGUAUGGAGUUCGACUCAUUGGCCCGAUAUGCACCUGCUGUGGUAGCUACUAUGGCUGACAGGAUGGACAGGUAUAUUCUGGGGCUGGACCGUUAUUUUGUCGACAGUUGCUUGGUAUUGGCCGCUCAGCCCGAUAUGGAUAUUGCCCGGAUUCAGGCGCACGCUCAGGGCAUGGAGGACCGGCACAGGGGUCAUCAGCCCGAUAGGAGUCAGGAUCGGAGACAGCCCAAGAGGGCCAGAUCAUCUGGGUAUUUUGAGGAAUUUCGGAGUGGGCAGCCUCAGCAUCAGCAGCAGUCUAGCAAGCAUUCUUCCCAGCCCGCACAGAGCACACCUCCGCAGUUCUCAGGCAGGAGAUUUGAUAGCCCAGGGUAUUUAGGAGCAGGCCAGAGCUCCGGGGUUUCAGGUUCGCGGGUAGACAGAAGUUCCGGUCAGACGAGGCCACCCAGGCCUCAGUGUUCUUAUUGUGGGAGAUACCACCCGGGAGAGUGCUACCGUGCUACAGGUGCUUGUUAUUCUUGUGGCCGCCAGGGCCAUACUGUGAGAGAGUGUCCGUAUAAGGGUAAUUUGGGAGGUCCAGCGCAGCCUACCGGAUUAGUCGCUGGGUCAUCGUCUCCUUCGAUAGCCAUGCGCCCUGCGGGGCAGGGUACGUCGACAUCAGCAAGCCGCGGCAGAGGUCGUGGCGGGGCUCCCAGUUCAAGCGGUCCUUCGAACCGCAUCUAUGCCUUGACUAGUCGACAGGACCCGGAGGCGCUACCAAACGCGGAUACAGAUUCGGAGUGAAACGGGAUUUGAGUUUUGGCGAACGUAAGACGCAUAUAAGGUACCGACGACAGGUUUGCUGAGCCGUCCGCUUAGGAUCUUAUUCUCCUAUUUUGGAGCGCUCUCUUAUCCAGAGCCCAUCUUUUGGUAUAGUCUGUCACUACUGUAUAUAUAUAUAUAUAUAUAUUCUCGUUCAUGGGUAUGGCGGGGCCCUGUCCCGUCAUAUGAUUCUGUCGGUCUAUUUAGAGGUCUGUGGACAUGUUUGUGGGUUAGGGUCUUUCUGUAUGGAUGUAUGUACAUGUCGUUUGGGCGAUCCCAUACGCCGAGGCGGCCGGUCCGCGUAUGUUUAUAUAUUGCUUGGUUAGCCCUGUGUGGCUUUUGUUGGUAUUUUCUGCGUGCAGGGUAUAUUGGAUAGUCCGUAAAACAAAGGAAACUCUGUCGAAAUUUUUCUGGAAAUUACCUAAAU